UGUGUGUGUGUGUGUGUGGUGAUUAUGAUGUGAAAAACAAAUUUUAUUAUUACGAUUGUCAAUAAUCAGUAAUCUGAGUGAUUUUGUUUGUUUUUUUUUUGAAAUAAAAAUUCUUCAAUUCAAUUCUACAACCAAAACAACAGCAAUAACAAUGUCUGCAAACAUUUGCCUACGAUGUAGUAGACCAGUAUAUGCUGCUGAAGAAUUAUUGGCCGGUGGACAAAAAUGGCAUAAAGUUUGUUUCAAAUGUAAUCUAUGCAAUAAACGUUUGGAUUCGACCAAUGUGAAUGCCCAUGAUAAUGCAUUGUGGUGUAAACAAUGUUAUGGCCGUAAAUUUGGACCAAAGGGUUAUGGAUUCGGUGGUGGUGCUGGUGCAUUAUCGAUGGAUGUUGGUGAACAUCUUGGUAAUCGAGAAUCACAAAUGACCAAUAAACCAUUGGGUAUCAAUAACUAAAAAUCAGCUAAUCGUCAAUAAAAAAAAGGAAAACCUGCUCAACUGUUGAACGACGCAUUCAUAUAUAACGGAUACAAAAAAAAAAAAAAAAAUGUUGUCCAUUAUUACCAUGACGAUAAAGAUUAGCAAAUUUGCGGAAAAUAAAUACCGAAUGUGCGUGUGAUUUAUGAUCAACCAACCAAACAACAACAAAAAAAAUGAUAAUAAAAACUAAACAUUUAAUAAACA